GAUUUCCUUCCUGACAGUGGCUCUUUCUGCUUUGGCGGCGGCGGUGAGUGCAUCGUAGGCGCGUUUGCAAAAGAAGACGGAGGCUGCGGGUGGGCGGCCUUCCCUGUCUUUCCCCAGCUCCCCGGAGGUCUCCUCUCCCUCCCAACUGUGACUUCGGUCCGGAACCUCUCUCAGCACGAGAAAUGGUGGAGAUCUUGUAGAGCUGCCUUCAUCUCUGGCGCAUCCAGACGAUACCUGGGGGAAGCCAAAGCUGACGUCCCCACUAACCAAUGUCCGGAAAUGGUGAUAGCGCAAUUACAAGUCCCUCUGAGGGAUCUCUGUCCACAGUUGAAGUUCUGCCUGAGCAGCCAAAGUAUGUGUGUACACUGUCCGCUGAGCUUAUUGCCAAGGCGCGUGAAGAGCUGCAGGAAAAACCGGAGUGGCGACUGCGAGAUGUGCAGGCUCUCAGAGACAUGGUGUGCAAAGAUUAUCCUAACCUUGGGACAUGCCUAGAUGAUGCUUUCUUGCUUCGGUUCCUCAGAGCCAGGAAAUUUGAUUAUGAUCGAGCGCUUCAGCUUCUUGUGAACUACCACUGCUGUAGGCGCAGCUGGCCUGAAGUGUUUACUAACCUGAGACCGUCUGCUAUAAGGCCUGUGUUAGAAUCUGGGUUUGUCACUGUGCUUCCUCACUUGGACUCUGAAGGACGUCAUGUGGUCUGCAUUCGCCCAGACAGAUGGACACCAAGUAACUACCCAAUUACUGAGAACAUUCGUGCCAUUUACUUAACUCUGGAAAAGCUCAUUCAAUCUGAAGAGACACAGGUGAAUGGAAUUGUGAUCCUUGCAGACUACAAAGGAGUCAGUUUAUCUAAGGCCUCCCAUUUUGGUCCCUUCGUCGCCAAAAAGGUUAUUGGAAUUCUUCAGGAUGGCUUUCCUAUUAGAAUAAAAGCUGUCAACAUAAUUAAUGAACCUCGCAUAUUCAAGGGCAUUUUUGCAAUCAUCAAGCCUUUUCUGAAAGAGAAAAUAGCAAAUAGGUUUUUUCUGCAUGGGUCAGACAUGAGCUCCCUCCAUCAGAACCUUCCACCCAGCAUCCUCCCUGAAGAAUACGGGGGCACGGCGGGCAGCCUGGAUAUCUCCACCUGGAACGACCUGCUGCUAGCCUCAGAGGGUGACUUCCUGUAUGAUGUCUCUCAGCUGGCUCCCUCCAAUGACCCUUCACCUGAUGCCCCACUAAUGAGCGCAGAGGUGGACGAGAAACAGUGUGAUGACUCCUUGCGAAGUUUGAAAACGCAGCUCUAUUACUGCUAUUGACUAGACAGGGAACACCACCCAAGAGGCACCCUUCCAAGUCACAAAGAGAUGGUGAACUCUACCUUGUUCCUCAAACAAGAGCCUUGUUGAGGCACUUUAUGUUGGAACCAAAGCAAAUGACAAAGGGGGAGGAAAUGGAGCAAGGUAGAGUUCCGUGGAACUCGGGUAAGAUGAGGUACCCUUUCAACAUCCUUGAAAUCCAUGGUUUAGUGACCCUUUUCGUUUGCAUAUCAAUGCAGAUUGAGAGCUGCUGUUAACAUCUUGGUCCUAAGGCAGUUUACUUGAAAGGAAGUUGCAUUGAAAUUGUGGGAGGGGCUUCCAGCUAUGUAAGAUUAGCAUCAUAGUGCUGGAUUUGCCACUGUGGACAUGCUGCAGUAAGGUUCAUACUCAAGCCUCUGCUACUUGAUGUUGGUUGAAGUGAGGACAAAUGGCAGAUAAACUUCCAGGAGACCCAUUUUGGCUGCCCUGUUCAUACUCUCAUCCUGCUUGUCACCAUCCCAUCUAUUCAGUGACUCUCCUGUGUCAGUGGAAUAAUUUUGUCACUUGGGGCAAAAACUUGAAUGGCACCUUGCAGCAGUGAGUUAGCAAACGGCAGUUAUAAUAAAGCAGAUGCAUUGACAUUUGCUAACCCUGCUAACUUUGGGGCAUUUUCUUGCAUGAUUGUAUGCCCAUAUUUGAAUUUGUGUAACAACGAGGACCAACUAGGAGGGAGAAAUGGUUUUUUGCACAGUUUUUUAGUUGCCAGUAAAUGCCCUGUCGUAGUAAUAGAAUAACUCCUCUUAAGGUGGGGAGAAAUGCAGACAUUGUAAUGGCUGUAGGUGUAAAGGUGGGAGGAGAGAUGCUUGUUCAAUUAUUUUAUUUUGGGGAGAGGAUUUUUGAAUUAGUCUUUGUAAAGCCAAACGUAGGCAGGGUAUUCUAUAAGCACAACUAUCAGGUUUGUAAAUGUAACUUUCCCUCCCCCGUGCAGUCUGUGGUGUUUGUCCCUUAGAUCUUGGUGCUGCACUGGCCCUGAUUUCUUUGGCAUAGGCUACUCCUGAUCUUGUCCCCAGAGCCAUGUUGUCCUGUCGUUGUACAGAAGUGCUUCAGAACCUUCUGUCUGACUGUAGUUUAACUUUCCAGACCCUCCCCAUGUCUUUCCUUUGAAUUAUCUCACCUGAAACUAGUUUCUGAUUUACAAAAUUUGAGUUAUAGAUCUGUGAUUCACAUAACACGGAAACUACAGGUUGAAAUAUUAAAUAGGAACUGGAUUCCUGAAUGCACUGCUGCUGACCUGGGCAGCAGGUCAAGGUUACUUUUCACCCCCUCAUAUUGACAGCACUUUUUUAAAUGCUUGGGGAGGGAAAGGGGUGGGAGGGGCAUUUACUUAGUGCCAACUAGACCAGAAACUGGUGCUUAUUGUAAAUAUGAAAUAAGGUCUUCAGAAGUGGGGCUGUUUUAUUGUAUACGUGCCAAACUGUAUUUGCCUUUUUUGUUUCUAAAACCCAUAUUACCAAGAGGAAGGCAAUUUGCCUCUGAUGAACUGCUCGGACUAGUCUUGUCUCCUCCCCACCCCCCCCAAAAUCCAUUGACUUUCAUGUACAGUGUUAACUGUCAAAGCUGGACACAUAAUGGUUCUCUAAUGUUUAUGGGAACUCUCUUGAGGUUGCAGGCCAGUCACAGACUUUCAUCUCCCACCCCCCUUUCCAAACACGGCUGUUCUGUGGUGAGAAGGCACGGACACCCUCAGAAAUGGUGCUUGCAGUGUUUUAACUAGCAUGAGAAGGAGCUGAAUGUCUUUUCCAUGGAACUAAUAUUCAUGUGUGAUUAUCUGAAGUAGCACUGAUUGUGAUACUUGAGCCCCCCCCCCCCCCCGGUAAGUCGGCCUAACAAGUACUGAGAACUUGGUGGGAGGAGAGUAACUUUCAGUUAAGUGUUAAGAAAUAUCACUAAUCUAGCACUGUUGAAAUAUGCAUAACCUCUCCAGUAUGCCUUUGGCCUAUGACAGUCUCUCUGGAGCUUAAACUAAUGUCUGAAAAUGGAAGUUGUUGGUAGGGACUACUAUUUUUUAAAAAGAGGACUUCUUGUUUAUUCACUCCAAGCUAGAACUUUCCCUUGUGGCUGAAUACAUGGCCAGUGUUUCAUUUCAAGGGGAGCAUCUCGUGUGCAGUAUUAGCACAGUGCUAGAUCUGUGGAGUCAUAACAUUGCACAGCCAGCUGCUCUGCAUAGGCAGGUAUGUGCAGGUCAGUUCUUUCUCGCUGAUUCACGUUUAAACCUGGCCUCAAAAGACAUACCAUGCCUACGUGGUUCUUCCUUGCGCAAAAGACAAAUUACAAGUCCCACGUUUCAUUUGAAAGUUUUCGUCAAGGACAGAGUUUUAACAUCCUUUUUAAAACUAUAUAUAUACUGCAAAACUAUCAAUUGAAGGAAGCACUGGAGGAAGAGUUCUUGAAUUUUUUCUAGCCUCUGCAUUAUAAGGUUUGUACAUUUUAGUGACAGAACAAUCUUUAAAGAUCUAAUAGAGGCUUGAUUUUUCCCUUGGUUUUUACAAGUGCUGCACCUUCUCCCUCCCACAGGUACUCGAAAUAAAUAGGCUUCUAGAAGUUGUAUUUACCUGUAUUUGGUUAUUUUUAUAGGUCUUGUCUAAUUAUUGGAGCCUACUCUGAACUACCUUCCAUCCAUGGCUCUUCAGACAUCACAGUUGUGUUUCCUAUGAAUCCUGUCAGUUCAGUUGUAGCUGCCCCAGAGCUACCUCCAAGGAACAGUCAGCAACCUACAGCAUUUAAGAGCAACCAUGUUAUCACUGAGGUGUUAGUAUAAGCAAACAGUUUUUUUUUCCAGAGGGAGAAGAAAGCAUACCUGCUGUCCCCUCUAGGAUUUUGGGCUACAAGGUAUUUUUGCAGUAUUGAAUUUUCCAGAUAUCCAAAUCGAAGUGGGCCAGUUGUAUUAGAGUCAUAUGAGAGUUACCAUAUUGCCUUUAAGACAGCUAACAAAGGAAGUAAGGUAACUUGUUUCUGCAAGUUAAAAGUACUUGAAUUCAUACUGUGGCUAAACAGGCACCUUAUAAAGCUUGAGGUGUUUUUCCAUAGGGUGGCUGAGGUGCUUUCUUUGUACUAUCCUGUCAGUCAGUGUCUUUUGGCAUUUUACUUAGUAAUGGGUUUCAGACUUGUUUUGCCUUUUGCUGUAUGUAGAAUUCAGGUGUUUGAUUACAGUACACACCUUUUGAGAAUUUAUUUUUAUAUUGCAUUUUAUAAAACGAGUUGUAAAAGUGUAACUCUAUGCAUGAAUGGAUAGUAAAACAACCUUACUUUAAAAA